CAACCCUUAAAUCGGAGGAAAAAGAAUUAAUGCCACUUUCUCAAGAAGAGAUCAAUGGUUGCAGAGAGGCUUUCAACAAGUUUGACAAAGAUGGCAGUGGAACGAUUGACGCAUCAGAGCUCAAAGCAACUUUAAAUGCUGUCGGGCAGAGCCCAAGUGACGAGGAGAUAUUCCAGAUGAUCUCACAGGUUGACGACGAUAAUAGUGGAGAAAUAGAGUUCUCUGAAUUCUUGAAAGUCAUCGAGAACCAAAAAGUUUCCGCAGCUCAGGUAAGUGACGAAACUGACACUGUUGAGGCCUUUGUAGCACUAGGAGGAAACACAGACAAAAGUGGAGAAAUAUCCACUGAAAAGCUGCGAACAGUGGUGAAGGAAUUUGGUCUUACCAUAGACCUUGAUAGGCUGAUACGAGAGAUUGACACUGAUGGUUCGGGUAAAGUUGACUACGAGGAGUUCAAGGCAAUGAUGGCAUGACCGAAUCGGAAUAGGCAUAUCUUAGCGUUAGUGUCAUAUCUUGCUAUCUGAAGUAAAAGCACUUUAUGGCCGUGACUUGAACCGAGGAUCUGGUUAACAGCUUCCUCGUCAGCCAACUCGUGGAGACUUCUUGAGUGAAGUAGUUGUGUAGUUUUUUUCUCUAUACUUCCUUUCCUCAGGUAGUCUCGUUUCGCCCCUGUAAGCAGGCGUUUUUUUUUUUUCGGACUGGAACAUAAAUCUUAGACCGUCGUUUUGAGUCACAUUCUCCAUUUCGUUGAUCGGCUUCUUGUUGCUUUCAAAAGUUCACCGAGCCGCUUUCAAAUUCUCAUCGAUCAAUUUAUCGAUCAUAGAAAUUAACAUCGGAAAAUAUGACGAAAAAUGGCGGUAAAAGACUUUCAUCCCGGUCUGAAUAAAGCACCCGGCGCACCGGGACAAGACAAAACUUGUCAGGAAGUAUUUUUUCAAGUCAUCCAUGUGCGUGCACCUAGUGCACAAACCUAUUGUCGGAGUUUUUUUAUCAAAAGUCACAGGGAAUUAU